AUGCUAGCAGCAGCUUGUAGAACUGACAGGCGUCUGCUGCUGGAGUCUGACGCCAGGCUGCGUCGCUGUUGCGCAGACAGAACGCGCUCGAUUAAACACCGACACUUCCGGUUUGUAACCGGCGUGUUUUUAAAGCGAGCGUCGCGCAUACACACACAUGCAGAAGUCCUGAGCUCAGCCCGCAGUGUGAGUCUCCGCUGCCCCUCCAUCUCUGAGCGUCUGGCGUAUCUGCGGCCGUCCCGCCAGCUGCUGGAGUUCUACAGGCAGAAGGUGGCGCAGUUUGAUGGAGAACAUGAUGACCUGCUGCAGAUGCUGGAGAAGUGCAGGAGCACCGCGGAGGAGCAGCAUCAGUUGCAGUGGGAGGUGCGUCAGCGCGAGGAGGAGAUCGCAGAGCUCCAGAACGCUCUCAGUGACAUGCAGGUGUAUCUGUUCCAGGAGCGAGAGCAGGCGCUGCGACUGUACGCCGAGAACGACCGCCUCAAAAUCAGAGAGCUGGAGGACCGGAAAAAGAUCCAGCAUCUUCUAGCGCUGGUGGGUCCAGAUCCAGGCGAGAUCGCGUAUUUCCAUCGCGAGCCUCCACACGAGGUCACAGUCCCUCAGAAGAAGGUCCAGCUGAGAUCACACGAGGAAUCAAAGGUGGUGAAACCGAGGCCUGUAUCAGUGAAAGGAAGCAAGAAAUCGUCCAGAGAAGGAGAAGAUGCCACAAUUUCAGAGCAGUACAAGAGAGACAACCAGACGUUACUGCUGCAGGUGGAGGUGCUGCAGGCUCAGCUGGAGGAGCAGACGCGGCUGGCUAAAGAGCAGGUGGAGGCGCUGCUGGAGGACCGGCGCAUUCAUCAGGAGAGACAGGUACAGCACCAGCGCAACCAGGACACAAUCACGGCCCUCAACGACAAACUGCAGCGCACGCAGAACCUGCUGUACGAGAGCACCAGGGACUUCCUGCAGCUGAAGUUUGAGAGUCGAGCUCACGAGAAGAGCUGGAUGCUGGAGAAGGACCGUCUGCUGCGAGAGCUGGACUCCUGUCAGGAGCGGCUGCGAGAGGAGCGCAGUUUCCCCUCUGCAGACGCCCCGUUCAUCUCACAGCCCAAACACGAGAGCAGCCACACUCACCGGGAGGAGAUCCGGGCUUUGCAUGAGGAACUGAAACAGGCUCAUAAACUGGCUAACAUGUACCGAAAGCAGUGUGUGAAUCUGGAGACGGACCGGUCCCAGAUCAGAGAGGAGGGCGACGUGGGCCGAGAGAUCUUCAAAGAGCGCUCUGGUAAGAUUGCCAAACGUCUGCAGCUGAUGACUAAACGUUAUGAAGCUCUGGAGAAGAGACGAGCCAUGGAGGUGGAGGGAUUCAAGACCGAUAUCAAACUCCUGCGGCAGAAAGUCAAAGACGUGGAGAAAUAUCUCUUUAAAUUGACACUCAACGUGGGCCCUGAUCAAGACCUGGCGAUCCUCCAUGAAGUUCGACAGACCAACAGCCGCACGAUAAAGGUCCAGAGUGAGCUGAAGAACCUGAGGCCCACAAUCUACAAACUGGAGAACGACCUGAGGUUCUGCUGAAGACUCAUGAGGAGGAUCGAUGAGAUGAACCUCACACUAUGUUCUUUAGUCAAAUAUCCAUCCAUUUGUAUGAUUUGGAGUAUGAAGAACUUCUGAGACGCAUCACUGACUGAAUGAGUCAGAGGAAAGCUGGACAUCAUAGAGCUGAGUGUUUAUUUGUGCUGUUGAAUUUUGUAUAUUAGAUAAAUAAAGGUUGCUUUUUGUGUUCAUUAUGAAAGUGAUUCACCAUUUUUGACUGGUCUGAGACCAUAACAAACACAACAGUAAGGCCCAUGUUCAUUUUAUAGUUUUUAAACAUCUCAAUUUAAACAUCUGAAACCUCUCGAGACAAAAACAAUACUGAAAUGCUUGGAAGAGACUGGACAUAUGUCAGUUGACAAAAACUAAAACAUACAGAUGAAUCUGAUGAAAACUAUUAAAAACACGCUACUGUCAUAUUUCACCACAAAAAAAAAAAUCAUUGUGCAUAAUGAAAACAGACUAUAUUAAAGAGUUUUUGCACAGUUAACAGUUGCGCACAUUUUCUGCUCCAAUUGUAAUUAACACAACAAA